AUGCCGGUUCCAGAUGAAUACCACAUGCAUGAGCCAGGCAAACAGCCUACAGAUGUGCUUCUGCUCCCCAGCUUUACAGUUGUGGAAAACGUCACACCGCAGCUGGCACCAGACUUGAUUGAGCAUUUCGUCAACCGCUCUCUGACCACCACAACACCACUCGGUGCUUCUUCCAGCCAAGAGUCACAGUCCUUGAAAGAAGACAAGAAUGGUUAUCAUUCUUCCGAGCAGGAGCAGGAGCAAGAACAGCCUGCUGAGAUACCACACCCAGCCAGCACAUCCAUCGCCUCAACUCCGCUCAAAUCCCACCCUUGUCCCCAUGCCGCUGUCAUUCUGCUUUGCUCCCAGCGGACUCGCGAUGCGCGUUGCGGCCAGUCAGCGCCCCUGCUGCGCAAGGAAUUCGAGCGUCAUCUGCGGCCGCUGGGGCUAUACCGUGACAUGGAUGACAAGCGACCUGGAGGUGUGGGUGUCUAUUUCAUUAGCCAUGUUGGCGGACACAAGUACUCAGCCAACGUGAUCGUCUACCGAAGAAGAGACUUUGACUGGUACAAGAAUGAGGAGACCCGCGCUGCGGAUGAAGAAGAGGGUGCCUCGCAGGGUAUCUGGCUGGCACGAGUGCGGCCGGAGGAGUGCGAGAACAUUAUUCGAUACACCGUGUUGCAAGGCAAAGUUCUCAAACCAGAGACUCAGUUAAGGGCUGGAUUCGAUCGUCAGCGUGGGUUGACCAGUUGGUAA